CUAAGUUCAGUGAAGUGAUUCGUUUUCCAAGUUAGUUCGUUCGCGAACGACACAUGAGUAUUCUGUACCAAACCACUAGGCGAAAUGUCAGUUUUAAAACGACUAGAGAAACAAAAUAUAUAAAGUGUGGGAGUUAUUGACUAAAAAAAAUUUUUUUAAAGGCAAUCGUAAUAUUUCUUUUAUAAGUGAACUUGCUCAUAUUUAUUUCAAUACCUAUUGAAAAUUUUCAGUUCUAAAAAAAAAUUGUGUGAAGUUUUCUCAGAUGAUUUUAACAUUCUUCAUCUUUUGAGAGUUAUGUGCAUGAGCAUAAGCAACAAUAAUCUUUAUAGUAAUUGGAAUAAAGAGUUCAAGUCAUUUGCAUAGAAAUUUAAAUCGUUGCAAGUUCUAAAAAGCCAUAGUAUGAGCUCUCAUAUUACGUUAUGUUUCGUAAUUUUAUUUUGUGCAGUAAUACAUAACACAAAUGCACAGGGUUUUCUUGAUAAAUAUACGCAUAACCCUUGCAUAAGCAAGUCAAGCUGUCGCGAGUGUAUUCGAACGAAAAGCUGUGCUUGGUGUAUGAAGGAGGAUUUUGGCGAUUCUCCUCGUUGCUUUGAACCUUCUGUGCCUUCAUAUAGACAGUGUCCUGAGGAAUUUAUUGUCAAUCCCGACAAUGAGGAAAAAAUUUUAUUUGGACGUAAUUUAACACGCGCUAAAAAAAUGAUUACUGCCCAGAGUGAUGAGGGCUAUUUUUCUGGUGCUGGUUAUCAAGAAUCUUACAGUUAUUCAAGUUCUUCUGGGUCAUCCUCAUAUGGUCAAAAUUCGUAUUCGUACUCUCAAACAAGACGUAUUGUGCAAAUUAGUCCUCAGCGAGUUUCCUUAAAAAUGAGAGUUAAUGAGGCACAUAAGUUACACUUUCAAUAUGCUCAAGCCGAGGAUUAUCCGGUCGAUCUCUAUUAUUUAAUGGAUUUAUCUAAAUCAAUGGAAGACGAUAAGGAGAAGUUAUCAAUCUUAGGAGACCUAUUGUCGCAAACUAUGAGAAAUAUUACUUCAAAUUUUAGACUUGGUUUCGGCAGUUUUGUAGACAAAGUUUUAAUGCCAUAUGUUUCCACAAUCCCGAAAAACUUACAAGAACCUUGUACAGGCUGCGCUGCUCCAUAUGGUUAUCGUCAUAUAAUGGCUUUAAACACGGAUACUGAUUCAUUUUCUGAAGAAGUUCGCAAAGCUGCAGUUUCUGGAAACUUGGAUGCUCCCGAAGGCGGUUUCGAUGCUAUUAUGCAAGCUGUUGUAUGUCGUCAACAAAUUGGUUGGCGCCACGAGGCUCGCCGUCUGCUAGUUUUUUCAACUGACGCUGGUUUUCACUACGCUGGUGAUGGGAAGCUUGGAGGUGUCAUUGAACCGAACGAUGGUUUAUGUCAUUUAGAACGCAACGCAUACACACAUUCAACCAUACUGGAUUACCCGAGCAUUUCACAAAUCAAUGAAAAAGUAAAAGAGAACGCUAUAAAUAUCAUAUUUGCGGUAACGUCCACUCAAAGAGAUGUCUAUGAGAAACUUUCGCAACAAAUAGAAGGCUCUUCAUGCGCAACUUUGUCCAAUGAUUCAUCAAAUGUUGUUGAAUUAGUAAAAGAAGAAUAUAGCAAAAUUACAUCAGCUAUUGAAAUGAAAGAUAACGCCACUGGAUCAAUAAAAAUUAAAUAUUAUUCAGCAUGUCUAGAUAACUCGAAACCAACAGAAACAAAUAAAUGCGAUAAACUCAAAGUAGGGGAUAUAGUUAGUUUUACUGCUGAAAUUGUUGUCACAUCUUGUCCAGAAAAUCCAGCUGAGUGGCAUCAAACUUUCCAAAUAUAUCCCGUAGGUAUAAAUGAAAGUUUGAUUGUUGAUUUGGAAAUGCUAUGUAGUUGCGAUUGCGAACGUCAAGGGCAUAAGAUGUUUGAGCUUAAGUCACCAAAGUGUAAUUCGCAAGGAACAUAUAAAUGCGGUGUAUGCGAAUGCUAUGAUAAGUAUUACGGAAGAAGAUGCGAAUGUUCAUCAGAAGACACAUUUACUAAGGAUUUUGCAAAAGGAUGCCGCUCAGACAAUACAACCAAAAUUGAUUGCAGCGGACGAGGUAUUUGCCAAUGUGGAGUUUGUGAAUGCAACAAACGUGAGCGCCCUGACGAAGUUAUAUCGGGAAGGUUUUGCGAGUGCGACAACUUUUCUUGCGAUCGUCAUAAUCAACUUUUAUGUUCUGGGGAAGAGCAUGGAACUUGCGAAUGUGGUGUAUGUAUUUGCAAGCCUGGUUGGAUGGGUCCCGCUUGUGAAUGCAGAAAUUCGACAGACACAUGUAUGGCACCUGGGGGCAAAGAAAUCUGCUCGGGACAUGGUGAAUGCGAAUGUGGAUCGUGCAAAUGCGAAGUAACAACUGAAGGUCGUUAUUCAGGUCGUUUUUGUGAGAAAUGCCCUACUUGUGCUAAAAGGUGUGAUGAGUUUAAGAACUGUGUGCAAUGUCAGGUGUAUAAAACUGGACCAUUAAAAGGGGAAGACUGCGCUUCUAAUUGCACGCUUUUUACCCCUAUAGAAGUGGAAAAAAUUGUUCAUGACGAAGAAAAUGAUGAACAAUUGUGCCAAUUCUACGACGAAGAUGAUUGCAAAUUUGUUUUCAAAUACAGAGAAGUCGGUUCUGAAAAAAUUGAAGUUCAUGCGGAAAAAGAGCGUAAAUGUCCACCUAAAGUUUUUGUUCUAGGAAUUGUAUUAGCAGUAAUUGCUGCUAUUGUGCUUUUUGGCUUAGCUAUUUUACUCCUGUGGAAAUUAUUUACAACCAUUCAUGACAGGCGUGAGUUUGCGAGGUUUGAAAAAGAAAGAAUGAUGGCAAAGUGGGACACGGGCGAAAAUCCUAUUUACAAGCAAGCAACUUCCACAUUUAAAAAUCCAACAUACGCUGGAAAAUAAUAUAAAUGUUACUGUCAAAAUUUUAACUUUAACUCUUAAUGUUGAUAACAUUUUACAAACUUUUUAACAAACCAUGUGAAAGGAAUUCAAAUAUUCUUUCAUUAUAUAACAUUAAAAUGCCAUAAAAUUAAUUUGUUUUUAUUUAUUAUGAUAAUAUAAGGAUGUAACUUAAAAAUGUGUUCGAUUGUAAUUUUACAAUAACAAAAAAUAAACACUCUGUUGAAUAAAUAGAUAUAUUAUUUCAUAAA